GGCCGCGGGGUUUGGUUGCACAGAGGCUGCAGUUUCAGUUUGUUUUAUUCACCAUUUUGAGUAGCUGAAGGUAAAAAAAAUUAAGAAUAUUUGCGUGUGGAGGACAAGCCGCUGCCGUACUUUUAUUUUCACGCGCUAGCUCGGACGGUGGAGUUGUGCGUCAACCUCGCUCCCCUCGGUGUUUUGCAGAGCGGGAAUCUAUAUUUCUUUUUUUUCCCCUGUGCUUUUUCGUCUCCCCCCUUUCUUACAUCCUUAACCUCUACAGUAUUCCUGCAAAAUGUCAAGACCAGUGAGGAACAGGAAAGUGGUGAACUACUCACAAUUCAACGAGUCUGAUGAUGCAGAUGAGGAGUAUGGUGACAGUAAGCCUAAGAAGGUGCGCACAGCCCCUCGUGAGCCCAAGCACAAGCGCUCAAAGAACUCACAGGAUGACAGCGAGGAGUCUGAUGACAAGCUCUCUAAAUCCAAAAAUGAUUCAGCAGAUGACUUUGGCAGCGAUGAUGAAGACAAUGACUUUGGAGAGGAAGAGGAUGAAGAUGGAGGAAGCGACUAUGAAGAAAAAAGAGGGAAAAAGGCAAAGAAAGCCAAGGUGGAGAAGCCCAGCAAGAGGGGGCCGAAGAGAAAACGGGCUGCAGAUGACAGUGAUGAUGACAGGGAAGUGAGUCGAAAGCGUACAGUGCGCCAGGCGGCCUCCAAGGCAGUGUCCAAACAGAGGGAGAUCCUGCUGGGUGACGGAGGCAGUGAGGAUGAGGAGCACGAAGACCAAGAGGAAUCCUAUAUGGACCCCGACGAGUCUGGCAGCGACGAGGACUUCAUGGUGGAGGAUGAUGAUGACAGUGACUAUGGUCACUCCAAGAAGAGAGGCAAGAAGGUGAUUCGACGGGGACGGCCGGACAAGAAGGAGAAGAAAAGCCCCAAACCUCGACUAAAGGCCACAGUGACCCCCAGCCCAAUGAAAGGAAAGGGCAAAGGGCGCCCCAGCGCCAAGGCCCUGGAGAAGAGCUCACCCAAAGAGGAGGAAGAGGAGGACCCCGAGAGUCCCCUGGAGGAAGAGGAGGAGGAGGCAGAGAAGAAAGAGACCUCCCCCGCCCCCAAGACGACGAAGGAGGCCGCAGGAGGAGAUGAGGAGGAGGAAGACGAAGAGGAGGAGGACGGCUCGGAAGAGGAAGCACCCUCUGGAGAAGACUAGAAGAUGGUACCUGCUGAAGCCCAUCCUCCAUGUCUCUCUGUGUCUCUUCUCAACGUUUUGUUUUCUUUUGUUGCUCUGCGUUUAGAGUUGUUGUUGGGUUGUUUUUUUGUUUUGUUUUUUUUCCCCCUUUUUCUUUUUCUUGUUUUUAUUUUUAUUUCCUCCUGGUGGCCUGGCUCAAUGGUUUGGACUUUGUGUGCGUUUUUUCAUAUUUUGCUUCUCCCCCCCUCCGACCAAGACAUUGUGCUCAUGUGACCACACGGUGUUUGUAAGGAGUUUUUCAUUUUCAGCACCGGAGUCACAGCAUUCAGCCUUACUCACCCUCCCGUCUGCACCAUUUACAUUCUGCAUCUAAGUGUGAAAAUUCAGACAAGUCUCUGCCUUUCCACGAGCUCAGUGCUAGUGAGCAUCCGUCCUUGGUGUGAACAAACCAGUUCACUUGUGUUUGUGUUUUUUUUCCUCCCCUGGGAUAACCAGUGAUCUGACAUGACUGGCCACAUUUUUUUUCCUGUUUAUCUGACCGGUCUGCGAUUACAGGGAGUAUCGUUCAGAGCUUCUUAGUAUCCAUGAGUAAAGCGCUGUAUUUACAAAGCAACGUUCAGGCAGCACACGCAGGGCUGAAGCUUUUACCCUCUCUUUGGUACUUUGUGCUUUUAAACCAGGAGCAUGUUUUAACAGGGCAGCGUUAUUUAGGUCGUUCUUUUAAAACCUUUGAAACUGUUCUUUCAGUUUAAAGCAGCGUCUUAGUUUUAUUUUCAAACCCUCUCCUGCUUUUUUCAGGCCGUGCUGGUGCCCUGAACCCUUGUCGUGUGGCUGUGUGGAGACUGAAAUAAAGUGCGUUAUUUUGAAAGUGUUCCACUCAUAGCUGCUGCUUCGAAGAUCAGUUUAAACCAGUAAAGGUGUGCUCAGUAGACAGACGAAGUGGCGGGUCACCGCUGAGUGUUUGCUACAUGCUGGACCGCAGCUGUCACACAUUUCAAGCCAGCAUAUGUGUGAUUUUAUGUACUUGUUUAGAUUUUUAUGGUUGUGGGAGUACUUCCUGUCACAGGGUCUGGCUUCUUCUCUCUCAGCCCAUCAGCUGCCUAUGUGAAAUGGUUUUUGGUGUAUUUUUGGGCUUUCUGAUGGUGCACCAUGCUACGUGAAGCAACCCCCACCCCUUUCAAAACACGAUCCCCACCUGCCUGCAUGGCUAUAACAUCUUCUCAGCAUUCAACCCUUUGUGCCAGGCACCCCCCUAAGUCUUUCUGUUUGUUUUAUUUUCAAGAAAUGCAAGAAGAGAUAUUUCUUUUUUUUUCUUUUGAGAGUUAAAAAAAAUGAAUGUCAUUUUUUCUCCUGUUGGUUCAUUGUUCUAAUUCUCUAUUCAGAUUUUUUUUUUGUAAUGUUUGUUUUUUAAGAAAAGAAAUAAAAUGUAUCUUGAUUUUAAAGAAAAAAAGUUGACCCUAUCCAAUCUGUUCUGCCUGAUGGUUGGACCCAGCCACCCCUCCCUGAUUUACUCCUGUCCUUCAUUCACUCUCUUCUCCCCCUCUCCCAGUCCCAUCGGCUUAAUGGUUACUGUUGGUAUCCAUGUCCAUUUGUUUAGAGCUUUGGUUCAUCCAUUAGUAUUUCACAAGCAGAUACUUUUUUCAAUUCAGAAUUAUACAGUACUGAGGCUCAGAAAAGAUCAGCAGCUCAGUUUAUAUCCGGCAUUCAUUUGUCUUUUAAUGCCUUAAUUUUCAUUGAGUUCAGUUCAGUAGUGGCUCUGAUAACGUCGUUGGAGGCCUGAGAAUGUAACCUGUCCUCAUGUUUUAGGUCUUUGCUACAAGCGGCAAAUUAGGCUUAGAACAAGUCAACAAUUUGUAUGAUCAGCAGACCAUCCAAAGCCAUAAACGAUCUCAAAACUAGUGACUCGGAGAUCAGGUGCAACACUUGUGAGAUUGUCCUUUUUUGCGAUGAGUAGUGUUUUGAUGUCAAAGAAAAAAAUAUAUAAGAAAAAGCUGCUAUUGUGAUCUUGGGAACAUAAAUUCAUUAUUAGGCGUUUGUCAGGAGAAACCCUGAUUCGUCCCAAGGCUGCAAUAGAAACCAGUCCUGGAUGUGUACAGGACACACUGGAACCUAGUCCUUGGUUCAGAAGCACAUUCAAUUGUUUUACACUGUCCUUAUCAGCGGGUUAGUGUGUUUUUCUACGUUCAGGUCCUGAAUUGGCACCCAAUCCUUAAUGACGUUUUAAGACGAUUGGAUAUGAACAAGAAAAUAGGAAAAAAAAGUUUGUUUAUACCAAUCUAAAGCUCUGAGAGCUGUUUGCAGUAGGAUCAGAUACUGUCUGUAGAUCACAGCGUUGAGGGCUUGAGUGAGGGUCCUCUCCAUCCCACAGGGGGCACAUGGCAUAAGGCUGUGAAUUUCUCCUCUUUCAUCCAUUCUACGAUUUCUUCUGUUGUACUGUUUUUGAUGUUUUUUUUCUAUCUACCUUCAGUUGUACUGGCAAUGUAAAUGUAAGCCAAGUUGUGAUUCCUACAGGAGACCAAGUGAAGAAGCUUUUGUCAGUAGUGUGGAAAAGGAACGCUGAACUCUUGAAUCUUUUGCAUGUUGUGGAAAAAGUGCGAAGCGAUGAUGCUGGUGAUGGCAAUAUUGUGGUCUUACAAAAAAAAAGUAUUAACAACGACGAUGUUGAUAAUGUUUUGGUUUCCCAGCUUCUAAUAAAGGCAACCUACUUUUUAUACGGAUUUAACUACUUGUUU